AUGGCUGUUAUAGUGAUCAGCAUCGCGGUUACGCUACACUCCUCAAUCGAUAACGGGGCAAUUGCUGUAUCCCUGCUGAACAUUCUGGGCUUUAGCAGCAGUCUAUCCUUCUUGAUUACCCCAUGGACACAGCUGAAGACUUCUCUCGGUGCUGUUGCACGCAUCAAAGGUCAUCAAGCUGCUAUCCCCGAAGAGGACGAUCCGAACAAGACUAUCCGGCAGCUUUCCGAGGACUGGCCGGCUCAUGGCUCUAUCCGGUUUGAUCAUGCUUAUGCGGGCUACGAAAGUACUGAGCACACGGAAAAUUCGAUCCUUCGCGAUAUUACUGCGGUCAUUAAUGCGGGGGAGAAAGUGGCCAUUUGCGGCCGAAGCGGAAGUGGCAAGAGCUCUCUUCUGCUCCUGGCCUUUCACCUGCUUGAGACUAGCGCAGGUGCUGUGUUCAUUGAUGAGAUUGACCUCAGCGAAAUUCCUUGUGGAGUCAUUCGAGACCGUCUUACUAUUAUCCCACAAGACCCUGUCAUACUGCCUGGAUCACUUCGCUUCAACCUGGAUCCUAAGGGACAGGUUUCCGACAGCGCAAUCUUUUCUUCUUUAAACACAGUAGGGCUGCUGGAUGAUCUCCAGAUGCAAAAUCAACAUCCAUUAGACGUCCUGAUGAGCGAGGCAAACUUCACACGCGGCCAGUGGCAACUGGAGAGCUUAGCAAGAGCGCUUCUCCUCAAGGCCCAUACCAGGAUCCUUGUCCUGGGUGAGAUUAGUGGCAUUGUGGAUGUUGAGACGGAGCGGUUAAUGUUUCAAGUCAUUCGGGAUCAUUUCAAACAUGCCACAGUGGUUGCAGUCACUCAUCGAUUGCGAUGCAUCCGAAAUUUUGACAAAAUCCUGCUUAUGAAAGAGGGUGAGAUUGUCGAAACAGGGGUCCCAUCAUACUUGCUUACUAUCCCAAGUUUAUUCAAGGAACUCUGGGACGAACAGUGGUAUACUGGUUGA